UCCAAAGAAAAAAAAAAAUGAACAAAGAAUAAACGAGCAUUUUACCACAAAUUUCGGAAGGUAUGUAAGCCAUUAAUCUAAUUUGUUCCUCCGUCUCUCUUUCCUCUCAUUGAAUGUUGAAAAGUGCAUCGAUUAUUUUUUUCUCCUAUUCUCAGUUAUUCACCAGAUGAACAUGAAAGAAGCAAGAUCUUGAUUACUAACGGUUUGCAAAUAGCGAGGAGAAAUGGCUGAAGAGAUUAUCAGUGAAAGUCAUUCUUCUCGUGAAGAAGAACACGUUGCUCCAAAUGUUGCUCGUUUUGCAAGAAAACAAGGAGGAUGGACAGCCAUCGCAUAUAUUCUUGGAAAUGAAUCGUUUGAGAAAUUGGCGUCUGUAAGUUUGAUAUCCAACAUGACGACUUAUUUGCGAACCAAAUACAAUAUGGGGGGAGUUUUUUUGGUGAAUGUGGUUAGUAUAUGGUCUGGCUUCACCAACAUUACACCUUUGGCUGGUGCGUAUUUGGCUGAUGCUCGUCUUGGCAGGUUCCCCACUCUCCUCUUUGGUUCCCUUGCUGCUUUCCUGGGGAUGGGACUGGUAACAUUAACUGCUGGAAUUGAUAAACUCAGGCCACCUCGUUGUCAAGGCAAUAUACAUUGUGAAGAACCACAAAGUUGGCAGCUUGCUUACCUUUAUAUAGGGCUUGGAUUUAUGGCUAUAGGUUCGGGAGGUAUCCGAGCCUGCAACAUCGCCUUUGGGGCUGAUCAAUUCGAUACAAAUACUGAGAAGGGAAGGGCUCAGCUCAAAAGUUUCUUUAAUUGGUGGUACUUCUCGUUCACUAUAGCCCUUAUCAUUGCCCUUGGAGUUGUUGUCUACAUCCAGACCAAUAUCAGCUGGUUUAUUGGCUUCCUAAUUCCAACUUGCUGUUUAGCCGUUUCUAUUGUUAUUUUCUUGAUUGGUCGUAGAACGUAUAUUCGCCUGAAGCCUCAAGGAUGUGUUUUUAUCGACAUGGCAAAGGUUAUAAAUGCAGCUUGCAGAAAGAGACAUGUUCUUAUUGUACCAACAGCAAGUUCCCUUUAUGAUCAUGCCACCAAGGAAUCGGAAAAUGAGCUAUCGGUGCUUAGGCACACGGACAGAUUCAAGUGCCUGGAUAAGGCCGCUAUUAUUGUUGAUCGCAGCAGCGAAUUGAAUGCUGAAGGAGUUGCUAAAGAUAACUGGAGACUCUGCAGCGUUGACCAGGUGGAAAGAUUGAAAUGCGUUGUGGGAAUUCUACCCGUGUGGGUGGCUGGUAUCACUUGUUUCAUCACCAUGGAACAGAUGAGUACUUUCGGGGUUCUUCAAGUAAUUCAAUCCAACACAAAAGUUGGGAAUUUCAAUAUUCCACCAGGCUGGAUGGGAAUAGCAUCCAUGAUUUCCCUGGCCAUCUGGAUUUUCAUCUACGAGUGUGUAUACAUUCCCAGUGCAUCGAAAAUCUCUAAGAAGGAAGCCAGAUUGUCCCUGCAAAUAAGAAUCAAAAUAGGCAUAGUCAUGGCAAUUCUUUGCUUAUCAGUAGCUGCAUUUGUUGAAACAAGGCGUCGAGACUUGGCCCGGAAAGAAGGCACAUUCAUCUCUCCACUCAGCGUAGGGUACUUUUUGCCUCAGUUCAUCCUAUCAGGAUUGACAGAAGCCUUUGCCGCUGUCUCUGUCAUGGAAUUCUUGAAUAACCAAGUACACGAGACAAUGAGAAGUGUGGCUGGGGCAAUCUUUUUCUUGAGCUUAAGCAUUGCCAGCUACCUCAACACCCUCAUUGUCAAUCUCGUCAAGUUGUUGAGCGAGCUACAUGGCAGAAAGGCGUGGCUUGGAGGCCAUGACCUUAAUGACAACAAGCUAGAACGUUUUUACCUAGUUAUUGCUGGCUUGGGAGUACUAAACUUCAUGUACUUCCAUUUCUUCGCCAGCCAUUUCAUUCAAACUUUCGAAGAAUCAAAGAGGAGAAAGACUGUCUUGGAGGAGCGCGUUGAUUAUGUCGACCUGCCUGAAAAGAAACCAUGAAAAAUAAAGCAAAUUAAGUAAAUCUCUUACGACAACCCAAACUAUAUAUAAGUUCGUUCAUUUAAGUUCUUCUCAAUGUAAUACUAUAGAAUUCUGGAUCACUUUAAGUUCUCCCAUAUUUUUUUAUUGACGUGUAAAUCUCAGAGAAAGAAACUAACAUGUAUGAAACUUGGUAAAGUAAUAGCUCGUGUGAGAUCCCUUUCAUUGUUAUGAGGACAUCAGAUUCCACGUGAAAAUAAAGAGGGAGAAUUGUGGUAGGCAGAAGGUCAAUACUCACUCCCUCUCAAAUUUCCUAAUUUUAUUUUCCGUUUACUUAUUUUUUUCAUUAAUAAAAAAGAAACAAUUUUUUUUUUCA